AUGAGUCAAAUCUGUGCUCCCAACUCCUUCCAUUCUGUGAAUGGACAAAUAAAUGCUUUUUCUACUGAAUAUCCUGAAUUGGGUGAUGAAGAUGAUGCCACGUUUAAUGAUGCUAUCACCAAUCCCUUCUGUCAGGACGGCGUUUUUGGUUCCUAUGAGGAGGAAAAUCUAUCCUCAAGUCUGGGCUUUGUUGAAGAUAACUUUAUUAGUACGGAACAGCUGGAAUCUAUCGAAGAAGCUUGCGGUCUCGGGCGUGCAGGAUGGUGGCUUGAUGUUGAUAGGUGUCUGGCUGAGGAGGCUGCGAAUAAAUUAGAAUUAGGCGAUCCGAAUGUAAGUGGAGAUCACAUUGACCCCACCUUUUAUUGUCACCAAGAAGAAUCCGAAUUGAUGGCCUGGUUAUAUGCUCCAUUUUAUACAGACAAGCGAUUAAAUUCGAUCAGAAAUGGUCUUCUCAACUGUUUAAAUCGGCUGGAGAAGAUACAUAACGAGAAAUCUGGUAUACUCACUACUGGCCAUGCUUCAUCACUCAGCGUCAGACCUGGUGUCGAAAAUCGCCUUGGAGCCAGCUACGAUCUUGAUCAACCAAGACGGGGCCCCCAGAAGGCAUCUAAAAAUGCUCAUCGCCUGCUAACAUUGUUCGGGCCUAAUGCAAAAGGUGUAAAUAUCAGUGGACAGGCUACUGAAUCCACAUCACUCAAUUGCUCUUUGGCUUGUGAGGAUGUCGAGCAAAACCAGUUGGAGGUUGGUUUAGGAUAUGAUGAUCCUAGCCAUCAGGGACCAAAGUUUUGGCCAAGCCCUGGGCCAAUAAGAAAACAAGACAAUUUCAUUUUGCGUGGCUCGUAUAGUCUUCCUAAACCUUCCAGUAAAAAUGAGACGAAUGCUGGCAAUCCUAAGAACUUGGGUAAACACCAACUACCGGAAACAUUUAAUACCCCCACUAUUACUCUUGGAAAUAGUUACGAUCUAGCUACACCUUCGGGAGCUAAUGUCUUGCAGUCGGAAAAUCUGGUUCUUGAGUCUCUUGAGGAAGAAUUCCUCUCUGGCAAAGCUUCGUCCCACGGUGACUCAGUGCGGGGUCGCAUUCUUCCAUUUGCUUUUAGCUCGCCAAAGACGUCUAGGGUUAGAAACAUGACAAAUUUGAACGCAGAACCGAUUUUGCCAGAGAGCCUUCGGCUUCGCCUGUCUAAAGUCUUCAAUCAGGAUGCCCAACAGGCUGAUUUAGGCAGAACCUACUCGGGAGAUGAGCUUAAUAGCAUCAGGAAAUUCAAGUAUGGAGGCAUCAAAUCUGAUGCUGGCAGUCUGAUGUGCACUAGUCUACUAAUGCAGGGGGCAAGGAGACCUGCCAAUACGCGG